AUGGGUUCGGCGGGUGGUGGUGGCAGCGGUUUUCCACCCGGUGGGCCGCUCGGCGGAUUCUUGGACAGGGCACUCGAGUGGUGCAGCGAGUCGCACGCGCGAGACAUUGCAAGCGAGAUGGGCGUGGAUCUGCGCGAAAUCCGCUUUGAAAAGACUCCCGAAGGUGGAAUGAACGUCAUGGUGGAUGCUCCCAAGGCGACACCACUGCAGAUUGAGCAACUCGGCAAACGUGUGCAGGAGGAGUGUCCGGUGGCGCGCUUCCGCAAAACCCAAGUCAGCUCACCGAAACAGGAAAUGAAGUGGGUGCAGUUGCCACCCCAGUACGAUCGAUGA